AUGUAUAUAUAUAUAUAUAUUGAACCCAUCUUGUUACACAUUCGAGUUUAUUACAUACUACAUACUCUGGUCUGAGUGAGGGUCAAUACAGCAUCCUUUUAAGCUCUCAGUGCUCCAGUAAAGUGCUCUGAUAUCCUUUAGGGCAGGUCCCAUUACUGCCUUCCUUUACUGAUCUCAUGUCAGUUUCACUCAGGGAACAUCUGAGGUCAAAGCACAACAGAAGUGCCGCUGAAGAAUGUUUGUUCUGCCUGCCUUCUGAUGCUGUUUUUCCCUCCUGGACUUGAAGAUCCGAUUGUAGAUCAAGAAUAUAAUCUGGACCGGCGCGAGUUAUUUCUGAAAACUUCAGAGACGGGCAAAAAUGAAGAAGUCAGAGAUGUUUGGCUUCACCCUGGAAACAGAUGACAGAGAAAAUGACAAGAGACAUGCGAAAGCAACACGGGGAACGAUGGGCAAGGAGGCCCCCACUGCUCCCAUGGACACUGACUACCAGGAUGAUAUAGAGGAGCUGAAACCUCAAAUUAGAGUAAAUAUACAUUUUGACAGGGAGAUUCGAAAUAUAGAGCUGAGCAGCACGGGCCGCGACAGUGAGAGAUUUAACAUAGAAAGCUUGUUUGAAGCAGUUGCCGACAGGGAUGUCAGAAAGCUGGAGGGUCUGGACCAGUACCUGCAUCAAAACAUGAAGAAACUCACCGACUCGCUCUAUCAAUCCUAUGGCAAAACGUGCCUGAUGAAGGCGCUGCUGCAUCUCAAAGACGGCAGGAACCAGACUGUGGAACUAUUACUUGACAUUUCUGAGAGACAGGGUGAUAUUAAGGAGUUUGUGAAUGCAGCCUAUACCAGCGUCUAUUACAAAGGCCAGACUGCUCUUCACAUAGCCAUUGAGAGACGGAGCCUCUUCUACGUAAAACUGUUGGUCAGUAAAGGAGCAGACGUCCAUGCUAAAGCCUGUGGGAAAUUUUUUAAGCCUCACGAUGGCCCUUACUUUUACUUUGGUGAGCUGCCUUUGUCUCUGGCCGCCUGUACAAACCAGGCAGAGGUUGUGGACUUGUUGAUGGAGAACGAGUACUGUCUUGCGGACCCAAAGAUGACUGACUCGUAUGGUAACACCGUGCUACAUGCUUUGGUGAUGAUAGCGGACAACUCAAAAGAAAACACCACAUUUAUUGCCAGCAUGUACGACCACAUCCUCAAGACCACUGCCCGACUGUAUCCGAAGGUGAAGCUGGAGGACAUAGCGAACCAGAAGGGACUGACACCUUUUACAAUGGCUGCACAAACUGGCAAAAUCUGGCUUUUUUCACACAUCCUCAGACGAGAAUUCCAGGAGUCUGCUAGCAAACACCUGUCCCGGAAAUUCACUGAGUGGGUUUAUGGCCCGGUUCAGUGCUCACUGUACGACCUGGCCUUGGUGGACACGUGUGAAGACGGCUCGGUCACUGAGAUUCUUAUCUACGGCAGUGAAAUUCCUAACCGUCAUGAGAUGCUCGACACCGAGCCCCUGAGUCGACUGCUUGAGGAGAAGUGGAAGAGGUUUGCAGGUGGAAUGUUUUUCCUCAACUUUUUGUUCUACCUGGCAUAUCUGAUUAUCUUCACUAUUUGGGCCUAUAACAAACAGAAUGGGAAGCCACCUUUUGCGGUAGAACAAACCAUCAAGGGUUACCUGUAUGUCUCUGCACAGCUCUUCACGCUGGUGGCAAACGUCUAUUUCUUUAUCAUAGGGAUAAUUGACAUGAGGAGGAAGCGCCCAAAGCUGAAGACUCUACUCAUUGAUGGAUAUUAUGAGAUUCUUUUUUUUGUGCAGGGCGUCCUCUUCUUGGUCUCAGCUGGGCUGUACGCCCUGGGAUGCCUGCAGUACCUGGGCUUCUUGGUGCUGUGUUUGGCCCUGAGCUGGGUCAACCUGCUCUAUUUCUCAAGAGGAGACAAACACAUGGGCAUCUACAGCGUCAUGAUACAGAAGAUGAUCCUCAGUGAUAUCCUGCGAUUCCUUUUCGUCUACAUUGUCUUUCUUUUUGGAUUUUCUGCAGCGGUGGUUACUUUGCUCAUAGAGCCUCCUCCAAAAAACGAAAGUGUUAAGCAGGGCCGUUUCGUAUUCGGUCCCCACGGUGAAGACUGUGUGAAGCCCACCUUCACAAACAUUUCCUAUACCACACUGCAGCUAUUUAAGUUUACCAUUGGCAUGGGGGACAUGGAGUUUACUGAGGACUACCAGUACAAGGAAAUCUUCUACAUUCUCCUCAUCGGUUACAUCAUCCUCACCUACAUCUUGCUGCUCAACAUGCUCAUCGCCCUCAUGAACCGCACCGUGGAAAAGAUCACCACGGAGAGCGCUAGCAUCUGGAAGCUGCAGAGAGCAAGCACCAUCCUGGACAUGGAGAAGAGACUGCCCAGGUGGCUGAGGAGGAAGUUUCGAUGUGGGGUGCUGAAAAAACUCAACACUGCUCUUGGAGAAGACUCUCGUUGGUGUUUCAGAGUGGAGGAAGUCAACUGGAACAAAUGGAACACAAACGUGGGCAAAAUCAAUGAGGAACCCGGCUGGGAUUGCUCACAGGGGUCUACCGCCGAGGCCCCGCUGCACUGGAAAAAGAGAGAGAGGAGCUGGAGAGGCUUUUUAAGAGAGGGUACCAAGCGUUGGCAGACACAUCAGUCCACAGAAAUGUCUCCUCUGAGCAGCACACCGGUGUAAAGAGACAGCUGAGCUUCACUCAGCCUGCUCAGCGUGACCGACCUGCACUGAGGCGUUCAUACUUGGGGACGGUAGCGGUAUUCACAAUGCAUCAGUUAUCCAAGCAGUUCAACUGCCAACUGUUUGUAGUAGCUGCCUGCCUGACUGAUACUCUGGGGUCAGCCUGAUUUGAAAUUUCGCAUCUGAGGGGAAAUAUGUUGAGUAAAACCAUGAUCGAUACAAGCAAUAUUUGAUUAUUUGAGUGUCAAAUAGAUUAAAGGUUAAUAAAAGCAAGACAUCGUAAAUGUGCUGCCGAAGCUGGAAACACGCAGGAACCAGUGGAUUCAGAAUAAGACCAUUGAAUUGAAUCCUUCAAAACUCAUUUUCUUCCCGGGCAGCUUAACAGCAUGACAUCUUUCUUAACCUGUCAUAACCCCCAGGCUUUGCUUAAAAUCCUUAAAAAGGAGAAAAA